AUGAUCGCUCGUGCCCUUUUCCCCUGCGUUCUCAUUUUCAUUUCGACCGAGGUAUUCACUUGCUACAAACUAACCCGCGUAACCCGCCCGGGGGACUUCCUCUUCCGCAGUAAGGGGGAAACAACAAGGCGCAGAGAAGUGAAAACCAGAGUUUCCAACAACCGAGCAAGCGGCAGCGACGCCAUAGCCAAUUACGCCGACAUCGAGAGGAACGUAAAAUGCAGAAUUGGGGUGGAAGUCCACGUGCAGCUGAGCACAAAAUGUAAGGCCUUCUGCAACUGCUUUAAUGUGGCUUCUUCACAUGACGAUAAAACGUACGAGAGGAAUUACAUCGAUUUGUGCAAUUUCUUAAAGGACAACAUUUUGAAGACAAAAAAUGAGGCGGCAGAUGGGAAUCCGCUAGGAGAGGGAACACCUCCGAGGGAGGCUCUAAAAGGGGUAAUUUCCGCAGAGACAAAGCGGUGUAUUAGCGAAGACCCGAAGUAUACCUCUAAUAGGCCAAACAAACACAUAUGCAACAGGUGUGUAGGCGAGGUGGGCUCCCUAAGCCUACUGAACAGCACGGCUGUCUUGUUCACAUACCUAAUUAGCAUUAUUCUUAAUUGCAACAUAAAUAGGGUUGUCUCUUUUGACCGAAAAAUUUACAAUUAUUAUGAUUUGCCGAAAGGAUAUCAGAUUACGCAAAAGGAAACGCCGAUUGGCUACGAUGGUUACAUUUCUGUGGAGGGAAAGAACUUUCGCGUAAAGAGCGUCCACCUAGAGGAAGACACGAGCAAGUGUUUCUUCCUUCCCCGAAAUGUGAAUAUGCCAGAUGGGGCGGAGGAUGCCCCCCGCGAAAGUAGCAGCGAUGGGAAAGGAACUACAUUUGGGGGGGGCAGUGCCUUUUUGAACCUUAACAAUGGGAGUGGCACAGGGGAGAAGGAGAAUGGGGACACAACUGGUGAAUGGUCCACCUGUGAGGGUGACGAACGGGUCCCUCAUAGUUGUAGCGAAGCAAACCAACUGAACAAGAAAAUUCUGCUAGAUUACAACCGCUGUGGAAUCCCCCUAGCCGAAGUCGUGGUGGAGGAUGACUACAUGAACGCUGAAGAGUGCAUUAACCUCCUGAAGGAGAUAAAAAAUAAAGUGUGCCUCCUCGGGGUGUGCGUAGGGAACAAGGAAAAUAUCCGCUCAGACAUUAACAUAUCUUUUGAAUACGAUAAGGUGAAGUACAGCCGAGUUGAAAUAAAAAAUGUGAACAGCUUCAGAAAAAUUAAGAGUUGCAUAGAGCAGGAGAAACGAAAUUUUAUAAAUCGAAUUUUCACAAAGGGGAUAGAAAAAAGCUGCCACGCCAAGUCGAGCGAAAUGUACACGAAAAGCUACCUAGACAGUACGCACUACAUUGUGAGGAAAAAGGAAAUAUACAAUUAUGUGCGCGAAGGGAAUAUCCCCCAAUAUAGGCUUAGCAAACAUGUUAUAAAGCUGCUAAAAUUUUAUGUUAAUUAUAAAAUAAAAAUAUACGAAGAUGAAGUGAAGUACAAGUGGUCCAAGCAAUAUUUCUAUGUCUUCCUGAAUGACCCCUUUUUGUAUAACUAUUUUAAUGAAUGCCUAAAAUUUGAGGAAGAAAAAUAUGUGUCCAAUUUUAUAGUUAAUAUACUCCUGGAUGUGAUAAAAAAGAAAAAUAUGCUUUCCAAAAAUGUCUUAAUAAAGCCGAAAAACUUUUGCUUCCUCAUUAACUAUGCUGUUAAGAACAACUUAGAUAACACCUCUUUGAAGGCGUUCCUCUUCAACUACGUAGAUGUGGGAUUCGAAAAUGAGCUCCUCCUCGAAACAUUUAAAAACGUGAACGUUUUGGAAAUGGAACAGGAUUUGAAAAAACUCAUUGACGAUAAUAUACAGCACUUGAAAAUCGACGGGCGAAAAACUGUCCUCAACGAGCAAAACUUCAAGAACAGAAUUAUGGGCCUUUUGAAGGGCCAACUGAGUCAACGUGGUUCGCAGGUGCACGUCAACUACAAGUCGGUGAGCGCGUUCAUUGACGACUACGUGAGGAGGUUGGCCUAGCGGGGGGAUAAGAAAAAAAGGAUGACGCUGGAAGUCAUCAGGGUCAUACUGGACGUGGCCAGGCGGCACCCUCAUCACUUCGAGCAUCACCAGGCGUCACCCGCAUCAUCCUUUUUUUCAUUUUCCCCCUUUUUUCCCUUUUUUUUGUUUCAAAAGUUGCACCCACUUGUGCGAGCGAACGGGUGCACGUGGGGCACACCCAACCGCGACAUCGCGUCAACACGUGCGUGCAUAGGGGGGGCGAGACCCGCGGGUAAGCACUGACCCGCCAUCUGUUCAUCUAGUUACAAACACGAUUAAUCAUUUUGU